AUGUCGUGUAAGGAAGAAGUUCCUGAGAAAAUGGAACCAGUACCUACACCUGCUGAACAGGAUAUUAUUACGGAUACGAUGAUCAUGGAUCCCGACUCGGGUGUCAAGCGUGGUCUAAAAAACCGGCAUCUUAGUAUGAUGGCCCUAGCCGGCAUCAUUGGUCCUGGUCUACUUGUGGGUGCAGGCGGUGCACUUUCAUCCGGUGGACCUGCCUCCCUCAUUAUUGGUUUUGGGGUGGUCGGUAUCAUCGCAUACUCGGUGAUGCAGAGUUUAGGAGAGCUGACCACGAUGUUUCCCAGCGGUGGUGGUUUCCUACAACUUGCCGAUCGUUUUGUGGAUCGUGCCUUUGGCUUUAUUGUGGGAUGGAACUACUUUAUCGUCUGGGCUGCGGUGCUGGCCAACGAAUACAAUGUGAUCACCUCUGUUCUUGUGUUUUGGAGCGAUAAAGUGCCUCAGUGGGGCUACUUUCUCAUUUUCUGGUUUUUCUUCAUGGGAUUCCAGAUGCUGGGUGUAGAGAGCUUCGGAGAGGCUGAGUUCUGGCUCGCUCUCGUCAAGAUUCUGGGGCUGGCUGCAUACUUUAUCUUCUCGAUUGUGUACGUGUCAGGGGGCGUGAAUCACGACGCCGUUGGUUUCCGGUACUGGCACGAUCCCGGGGCUUUUGGUGGACAUGGAUUUAGGGGCGUUGCUAGUGUGUUUAUUUUCUGUGCCACCUUUUAUGCAGGGAUUGAGUCGGUCGCCGUGGCAGCCACAGAAACGCGCAAUCCCCGAAAGGCGGUUCCCAGCGCCAUCGGCCAGGUCGUGUGGCGCAUUUUAUUUGUGUACCUGGGCAGUGCCUUUUUCUUCGGUAUUACGUGCCCCUCGAAUGCCAAUGGGCUCAUCUCAGAAGACGGAGCUUUGCAAAGUCCCAUGACGAUUGCGAUCCAGUACGCCGGGUGGCAAGGUGGUGUGCAUCUCAUUAAUGCCUUUGUGUUUGUGACGUGUUUGUCGGCAGUCAACAGUUCGAUCUACAUUGGCUCGCGAACGGUACUGUAUAUGGCUCAGAAUCAAAAAGCUUUCAAGUUUCUGGGAUAUACGAACCGACGUGGUGUGCCUGUGUUCGCUGUGAUUCUCAUUAAUGCUGUUGGUGCCAUCUCCAUGAUGAAUGUGAGCACAGGCGCAAGUAGAGCAUACCAGUACAUCAUCAACCUGUCUGGUGUGUCGACUUUCCUGGUCUGGACCUUCAUCAUAUUUAUGCAUUUUCGAUUCCGACGGGCCAUGCAGGUACAGGGCCGCAGUCUGGAUGAAUUGCCAUUCCGAGCGCUUUUGUAUCCAUGGGUGGCCAUCUUUGGCUUCAUCCUAAGUAUAUUCUUGGCGCUUGUGCAAGGCUGGAAGUCCUUCUCUCCCUUUGACUUUGGUGAUUUUGCUGAUGCCUAUAUUUUACUACCAGUAUCGCUUGUCGGGUACAUUGGAUACAAGCUCCUGUUCCGCACUAAAUUUUGGCGCGCACACGAAAUCGAUCUUGACGUGGGUCGUCGGCAGGACCUCGACUCCUUCUCUACCUUUGGCAGCAUGGACUCCACUCAGGGUGAUGAUGUGAUUCAAGAGCAAAAACCGAUUCAUUCAUAA